CCGGUACAACGGCGGCGGCGGGUGAGGAGGGCGUGAAGCAUGGUUCGCUACGGAAAUAAAUAACGGGACCCGGGGGGAGGACAGUAUUUAAACCAAAGAGGAGGCCACGAAACACGGUGAAAAAAGAGGAAACGGAUAUUUCAAGAGAGAAGAAACUCAAGCUCAAGUCAGUGCCACACGUUUCAGUGUUGAUGUUGGUAUUUGGCCACGAACAGGCUACCUGCCGAAAAUAGUCCCGACAUCCUUUGUUGAGGCUCCUCUGUCCUGUGUGACCCCCUGACACAGAGAGGAUGGUGAUGGAGGAGGGGGGUCAAAUAGACAGAGGGAGAGGGGCUCCAACGACAGCAGGAGCAGAGGGAAGGCAGAUCUUCGUGGAGCUUGGGGAGCAGAACUUUGAUGCCAUUAUUCUUUCUACAUAUCGAACAGCCUGCAAGCUCAGAUUUAUACAGAAGAGAUGCAACUUGCAUCUGAUCGACAUAUACAACGUGAUCGAGGCGGUGCGGGACGCUGGUCUGAACGCCGUCGAGCUGAAUGCCGGGAUCUCUGUGACCAGGCUGGAAAACCUGGUGUCCUCCCUGUUCAACCAGCUCAGCAAGCGCCUGCCCACCACACACACCAUCAACCCGCAAGAGAGCACCGUCCUGUUAGUUGAAUUCAUAUUGGCUGCCAUUGACAGUGAACCAGACAGCAGACUGACGGUGCUGUCUGUGAAGGCGAUGUUAGCCAUGCUGUGUGGAGGGAAACUGGUAGAUAAACUCCGCUAUGUGUUUUCUCAGGUAUCUGACUCCAGCGGUGUACUGGUGCUGUCCAAGUUUGACGGUUUUCUGAGGGAGGCUCUCAAGUUGCCCACCGCUGUACAUGAAGGGCCGUCAUUUGGCUACACACACACGCUAGCACGCUCAUGCUUCCCACAACAGAAGAGGGUGAUGCUCAACAUGUUCCUGGACAUUGUAGCUGAACCUCCUCAGUGUCUUGUCUGGUUGCCUCUCAUGCACCGCCUGGCCAAUGUGGAGCAUGUCUAUCACCCUGUGUCAUGCUCCUACUGUCGUGGCAACGGCAUGACGGGCUUCCGCUAUCGCUGCCUCCGUUGCCGUGGUUACCAGCUGUGUCAGAACUGCUUCUGGCGCGGCAACACCAGCGGCUCACAUAGCAACCAGCAUCAGAUGAGGGAGCACUCGUCCUGGAAGUCGCCGGCGACUAAGCUUGGCCGAGCCCUGAGCAGGACUCUGGGCUGUGUCUCGUCAAGAGAGCCCCCCCACCCAAUUUAUCCAGAGGAACCCGAGAGGACGCUUAACCUCAGCAACAUAGUCCCCUCUCGACCUGUAGAGAACACCAGCGAGGCCAUGUUGGUGUCCUCAUCAGCACCGGAAGCCACCAAGAGUUUGGCAGCAGCUCAGCGCAUGAACGAGGAGCACGCUCUAAUCGCUGCAUAUGUGAAUCGCCUCCAGAACAGCCCGCGUAUGGACAGUCCCAGCCGACAAGACGAGGAGCACAAACUGAUCGCCCGCUACACCUCCCGCCUGGCAGAGACUGACGGCACGGGAGUGAUACCGAACCGCAGCAUCAACUUUGACGUGAACAAACAGAAGAGGGAGCUCAUUGCACAGCUGGAGUGCAAGAACAGAGAGAUCUUGGCAGAGAUCAAACGUCUGCGUACAGAGCAUGAUGCAGCCUGCCAGCCCAGCCCGGAGAAGGGCAGCACCAACCCAACUCUGCUGGCUGAGCUUCGCCUGCUCAGGCAGAGGAAAGAUGAGCUGGAACAGAGGAUGUCGUCUCUGCAAGAGAGCAGGAGGGAACUGAUGGUACAGCUGGAGGGACUGAUGAAGCUGCUCAAGGAUGAGGAGCAGCGGCAGGCAGCGCAGGCAGCUGGCUCUUCUCACUCCUCUCCUUCUCGACCGAGUCCAUCAACCAUGCGCUCUGCAGGUGCUGUGUCUCCACAGGCUCACAUGUACCCUCCUCAGGACUCCCUCGCAGGGGUGGGUGGUGACGUACAAGAGGCAUUUGCUCAAGGCCCAAGAAGGAACUUGAGGAACGACCUCCUGGUAGCAGCCGACUCCAUCACCAACACCGUGUCCUCGCUGGUCAAAGAGCUGCACUCUGAUGAUGGUCGAGAGGAAGAGGAGAGAUUGCUGAACGGGAAGGACAGAGGGUUUUUCUGAAAAUGUUCACAUUAAAGGUGGUGAGAACUGGUUAAAAUGAUCGCAGGAGAAAGAAAAGCAGCAGAGUGAUGUUUCAUCACGGCCAAAGAAGACUGACAGGGAUUAAAGUGUAUCUUGUUAUAUUCAUCGUUAGCCAAUGGGGAUUAGAGCUCCACUGCCAAUCAACCAAUCACGAUGCUGGACACCAAAUGACUCCCAUCUCCCCCCUUCCCCCCCAGGGUCCCUACUGAUGUAUAGCUGUGAUUCUGUGUGUGUCUUGUCACUGUGGUUUUACUUGUGUUUUGAUUUGAUUGUGCAUAGCUAGAGGAGGAAUCUGAAACCUACUGAUUUGUACUGUAGCAUGUGUGUGUGCUCUGCGUUUUCCAGUUGCGAGAGGAUCGAGUAAGUGAGAGAGACACCGUGAAGAGACAGAAAGGUGUGUUUUAGGAAAUUUGUGAAGGAAAAAAAAAGCGAGAAAGUUUCAGGGUGGAGAUAUGUAACUGUAUGUUGAGAGAAAAGAUAGAGGGAAAAAACAAAGGAAGGUCAGAAAGACGAGAAGUGAGAUGUAACGUUUAAAGUUUCAGCACUGUGUGCUUAGUAUUUAUUGCUUUGAUUUGAUUUUUGCCAUUUAUUCAUUUGGUUUGAGUGUUUCUGUGUAUGUGAGUGUGGUCAGGCCCUGCUGAGACUAUAAGCUUUAAUGGGACGUUUCCUGCUGCAUCAAGCCCAGCCAGGCCCCCUGUCUGGCUGAGGCGAUGCAGGGUGGAGAGUUGAAGUCUUGGUCCCGGUCCAGGUGUCUUAAACCUGGAAGAGAUUAGUGCCACGGAUGCUGGUAUGAUAGCAGCUCAGGUUGUCCAUGCCUCUCUGUCGAUUCCCGGUACUGCAGUGGGACUACAGUUAAAGAGGAGAUAUCUGAUUACUCUGCGUGUGUGUGUGCGCGUGUGUGUGCGCGUGUGUGUAUGCGCGUGUGUGCGCGUGUGUGAGAUGGAGAGAGAGUGAAUAUAAAACCAUUUGCUUGAACAAGGUCGAUGUAGCAAAGUGGGUGGAGAAGUGGGCUUCAUUAAUUUUUAUUCCCAUUUUAAAAUGUUUCUUUUAAAGGCUCAGUUCACACAAAAUUACACUUUUUUUUCUCUCUUAACCUCUGGUGCAGUGUUUCACAAGAUAAAUCAUGAGACUAUUGAGGGAAUAAGGAAGAAAAAGAAAUUCAUGUAGAUCUUUUCUGAUUUCAUUCUAUUAUUUUCUUGUAAAGUAUUGGGUACAAGAUUUUGAAAUCCUUAAAUUAUGUAAUAAUUGGAUGAAUUGCUCACAAUUCAUUAUAAGAUAAGAAGAAAAUAGCUAGGAAUAAGUCAUCUCAGUUCUUGAGAGGUUGUAAAACUUCAGGCUUCAAUGCCAAUACAAUUCCUUAAGGAUAAUGACUUAUUGAGUACAGUAAAGAGAGAAACACAACGGCAACAAAACAGAGUAAAACCUCUAAGAAAAAACAUCUAUACGAAGGAUUAGAAAGAGCACCAAAUACCAAACCACCCAGAUAGUGUGAGGUGUUUUUGUCAGGGGGUAGAGAUGUAUGUCUCCACUCUAGUACAGUGGGGAUGAAUAAUAUUUGUUUGUGGCAUGAAAACAUGGCUGACCAGCAACAUCUCUUCACAGAAACAAUGUCCCUGUUACUCUGAACGCAGCACACAAACAACAGUUUUCACUGGAGUUGCUUUUUAUCAAACAAAUAGUCCCUAUGAAAACGGUUCAGAAAACGUAUGUUGUGUAAUUUGGCUGUGAACUGAUCUUUUAAUAAGUAACUCUGUGAUCUAUUUGCUGAAGUUGAAUCAACUUCAUCCUGGUAGAAUCAGAAUUAAACAGAUUCUUAAGAUCUGUGAUUGGAGGUUUCUUGAAGCAAUGCCCCAUGGGAACUGUAGUUCACUUUUUCUCAUGUUUUUAUGUACAGAGUCUUGUCUUAGGUUUUCUUUUCGUUCUCGUGAUUCAACAAACAUUUAAAAAAAAAAAAAAAAAAAAAUCUAACUGAAUGGGACUUUUGAUUUCUAAACACUGCCUGCCCAAAAUGAACUUCUCACACUUUGCUACUCUUUGCUGCCCUUCAAGCUUCCUGUAAAAUGCGUUUGAUUGUGGAAGUUGAACUACACGCACCACCCCAAAAAUCUUCAGACUGGUAUCUUUAUGCAAAUCAAACACAACCCAAAGUGACUCACUGAGCUUCUUUUUUUUUUAUCAACAAUAUCUUUUCAACACUUUUAAGCUUUUCAGGUUUUUGUUUUGUGCUCAUAGGAAGCUGUACUUUGCUGUCAUGUACAUUUCAGUUUUCAGCUGGAGAGUUUGUUGUUUCUUCUUUGUUCAUGAGCCCUCCACUUUGUUUGACUCACUGCUUGUGGCUGGGAUUAUCACAAUUUCAGACCGCUGGAUGAUUGACUGGCUGUAUGAGUGAUUUAAUAAAUGAAUGAGCUCACGUUUCGGUGUGUAUGUGUGAAAGAGAGCGCGAGAGAAAUCAAGACUGACAGGACAGAUGUGUCCCGACAUGAAACUGUAAACACAUUCAGCUCUGAACGUGCUGGAGCUGACGGUGUGAGUGUAAAGUGUGGAUCAUCUGCAAUAAAUAAUAUUUAACGUCAAA